AUGGUUCCCGACCCAAACAAUAUCCCUCUGGGGUUUCUGGGAAAUCUGUCGACGGAACAGGAGCGAUGCUUGCAGCAACUCUGGUCCUUGGUUCUGUACCUUGAAAAUGCCGCCUCUUUUAACGACCUCGAACAUCUCUUCCGGGUCAACAGCGUGGAAAGGAAUAAAUCAAUUUCCAUUUCGUCGUUUGCGCGCCGAAACUCGCUGCUGACCCGGACGGAUUCCAUCCUGUUGCGCCGCAGCAGCACAGCGUCCUUCCCGGCACCUUCCAACCCGCUACUCCAGACCCUGAGCAAUAUCGGAAUGACCGCAUCUGAGAUCCGCUCUGUAGCAAAGUCCUUGACCUACCUGAGUCCAGACGAUGUCCGCUGGGGCAUACUCACCGCGAGCAAACAGGAAUAUCCGGAUCGCUGGAUGCUUCGAUACCUGCGUUUCUGCAAGUGGAAUGUCAACAAGGCUUUCAUUCUGAUUCUGAACGCGUUGCAGUGGCGAAUCAAGGACAUGCAUGUGGAUGACCGUCUACUGCCAGAGGGUGAGCUCGGUGCGAUUCACCAGUCACAGGCACCCUUGAAUGCUGCCGAAGCGCAACAAUCACGGGGCUUUCUCAGUCAGUUACAAAUGGGAAAAUGUUAUGUGCAUGGAGUCGACCGACUGAAUCGGCCAUUGUGUGUGAUACGGGUGCGGCUGCAUCGACCCGAGGAUCAAUCGGAAGAGGCGAUGAACCGAUACAUCACACAUAUUAUGGAGUCGGUCCGGCUUCUCAUUGCGCCCCCUGUAGAGACAGCAACUGUCAUUUUUGAUAUGACUGGGUUUUCUCUCGCAAAUAUGGUGAGUUCAGUUUAUGGUUGGGGAGGUUACCUGCUGAUGUUUUAUAUACAGGACUAUGCCCUCGUAAAGUUCAUCAUCCGAUGUUUUGAAUUGUAUUAUCCCGAGUCGUUGGGUGUUUUACUUAUCCACAAUGCCCCCCGUAUUUUUGCAGGAAUAUGGAAGAUGAUCAAGGGUUGGAUUAACCCAGACAUGGUGACAAAAAUCCACUUCACCAAGUCGGUGGCAGAUCUCGCACAGUUCAUUCAUCCCAGUCAGAUUGUGAGCGAGCUCGGAGGUGACGAGGACUGGGAGUAUGAAUAUUCUCAGCCUGAAAUGGAUGAGAACGGAUUGAUGGAGGACGACGAAGCUCGGAAUACCUUGCUGAGUGAGCGACAGCAGAUCAGCGAGGAAUUUCUUUCCCUUACGUCCCAGUGGAUCGAGGCGACAAGACACAACUAUCCUGAGGAGGUUGCGAUGGUUCAGUCGCGCCGUUUCAACGUUAUGGAAAAACUUCGCGUUAAUUACUGGAAACUGGACCCUUUUGUCCGAGCCCGUAACUUCCUUGAUCGAACAGGCGUUAUCCAGGAGGGAGGGAGGAUCAAGCACUAUCCAGAGGCUAAACCGGAAGUCCAGAUCGAGACAGCCAAGGUGUUAGAGGUGGCACAUAUUGACCGGGCACGGGUGAAGCUCAUUAAUGUCUAA